CUUGCACCCCAUCAUGAAUAAAAGGGGUUCACUCAGCUCGAAGUGUCACAGAAUCCACUCAGCCUGCUCUUCCUCCCGCUCUCCUGCUCCAGGCCCCAACUCUACGAGCUCAUCUCAUGGCCCGCGCCGCCGCCCUCCACGCCCCCAGCGCCCCCGGGCUCCUGUGCGUUGCGCUGCUGCUGCUGCUCCUGGAAGCCGCCAGCCGGCCCGCGGCAGCCGCUCCCGUGGUCUCGGAGCUGCGCUGCCAGUGCUUGAAGACUGUGCAGGGCAUCCACUUCAAGAACAUCCAGAAUGUGCAGGUGACGCCCGCAGGACCUCACUGCACCCAAACCGAAGUCGUAGCCACCCUCAAGAAUGGACAGCAAGCUUGUCUCAACCCAGAGGCCCCCAUUAUUAGGAAACUCAUUGAGAAGAUGCUAAAAAAGGGCGAAUCCGACUGACAAGAUUGAAGAAGCUGAAGCAGGCUCUGCCCUUAGAGGAAGUAAAAAGGGAAAGUCACCUCCCGAGACCACCUGAAUUAGGCUUAAUAUGUCUGAGUAUAUGUUAAGAGAGGUUCUCUACUUGCUUAUUUAUUUAUUUAUUGGUUGGUUGGUGUUCCAGGAUUCUGUUAAUAUUUUACUUUGAAAAUAAUUAAGGAUGGUAUGGAAUAUACUAGUGCAUUGUAAGGUUGACUUUAUUGUUUAUUUUAUGCCAGACCCAAGUUAGUUCAAUCAUGACUCUUUUUAAUUUAAAGGUUUGCAAAUGUUCCCUAGUUUUUUUUUUUUUUUUUUUUUUUUCCUCCAGGGUUAUUGCUGGGCUUGGUGCCUGCACCAUGAAUCCACCGCUCCUGGAGGCCAUUUUUUCCCCUUUUUUUGUUGCCCUAGUUGUUGCAGCCUCGUUGCGGUUAUUAUUGCCAUUGUUGACGUUGCUUUGUUGUUGGAUAGGACAGAGAGAAAUGGAGAGAGGAGGGGAAGACAGGGAGAGGGGAGAGAAAGAUAGACACCUGCAGACCUGCUUCACCGCCUGUGAAGCGACUCCCCUGCAGGUGGGGAGCCGGGGGCUCGAACCGGGAUCCUUACGCCGGUCCCUGCGGUUUGCGCCACGUGCGCUUAACCCACUGCGCCACCGCCCGACUCCCGUUCCCUAGUUUUUAAACUGCUUUUCUAGUAAUUUUUAGCAAACUAGUUCCUAUGACUGAGUCUAGUCAUCCAAACAGGCAUGGAAGUCAGUGCCAACCUAGGGAAUAUCAAUUGCUAUUUAUUGAAAUGAUUUCACAGUAUGUGGUGACAUUUCUUCUGUUGGAACCUUACAAACUACAGUGUUCUUAAUACCUUUUGGACAUUUUUUUGUCUUUUUUUGUAAGGCAUACUGCCUUCAUUAAUAUUAAUUAUGUCAAGUCUCUGUAUCCUAGGGCACAGAGAAUUAUUUAUUGAUGCUUCCUGCAAAGAAAAAGAUAAUAAAAUAUUUCAAAAUAAACAA